AUGACAACAUCGGAAAGAGUGCCACGAGAUCCAAAGUAUCAACCACUAAAUGUCAUCAAAGCGGCAAAGUCCGAGAAUAGACCAGUAUACAUUGCUGGUCCCAUGGUACGAUAUUCCAAACUUCCAUUCAGAGAACUAGUACGUCACUAUAAAUGUGACAUUGUGUACACACCUAUGAUACUUGCACGUGAGUUUGUACGUAAUGAGAUUGCCAGAUAUUCUGAUUUCACUACCAACUCAAGAGAUCGUUGUGUUAUUGUCCAAGUUGGAGUCAAUAACGUUGAAGAUAUGUUGAAGUUUGUGGCUAUGAUUCAUCCAUUUGUAGAUGGUAUUGGAAUAAACUGUGGAUGUCCAAUCAAGGAACAAGUACGUGAGGGAAUCGGGGCAGCUUUGAUGAGUGAACCAAAUCUUGUUGCAGAUAUGGUCAGAGCUGUAAAAGAAAAAUAUGGUAAUACCGUGUGCAUAGACACCAAGAUUAGAAUACAUCCAGACAUCAAUGAAACCAUCCUGUUUGUAGAUAAAGUGGUUGAUGCGGGUGUCGAUUUCAUAACUGUCCAUGGAAGAACAAAGAAUACUAGGUCAUCUGUCCCAGUUAAUUUGGAUGCCAUAAAGGCGAUCAGAAACCAUGUUCCAGCAAAUAUUCCAGUCAUUGCUAAUGGGGAUGGGUUUUCACUUGCUGAUUGUCACCGUAUUGCAAAAUAUACCGGUGUGGAUGGUGUCAUGUCUGCUCGUGGAGUUCUCAAAAACCCUGCAUUAUUUGCAGGCUAUGAAAAGGCCCCAUGGGGUGCCAUUGAAAUGUUUAUGCAUUUAUGCACUGCAUAUGGGCUUCCCUUUAGAGUAGCACAACAUCAUUUCUCGGAAAUGUUGGAAGACAUUAUACCACGACAAUAUGUCAAGGAAAUGAACGAAACCACCUGCAUGAUUGAUUUAAUAGACUGGUUUGAUAGAUACUUUGUAUUGAAAAGAAAAGGCGAAGAUGGGUUUGCUACUGGUGUAGAACCAGUUUGGCAUUUGGAUAAACUAGAGGGAUUACAAUUAUAG